AUGCUUUGGCGGUCAGCAUGUCAGGUAUCCUUCUGCCUCUUCUCUCUCGCAGCAGGAGUAGCAUCUGAAGUAGCAGGCAAUACCCAUCGCCCAAUAAUAUACCUCAUCCGUCAUGGCGAAAAGUCCGGCGACCCGAACGAUCAUGAGUUAACCUAUGAGGGGAUCAUGCGCGCCGAAUGUUUACGUGAUUUCUUCGGUGCCGACUCCGGAUAUAAUAUUAGCUAUAUCAUGGCGCCGGCGAUGGAAAAAAAUGGCGAGCAUGGUCGCGCUUUGAAGACUGCCCUUCCCCUUGCAAAAGAUCUCGGUCUAGAAGUGGACGUGCAUUGCGGGAAGCAAAUGGGCGCAUUCGAGCUGCAAUGCGUUGCGGAUGCCGCUCGGUCUUACGAUGGGCCUGGUAAUGUUCUUCUUGUUUGGCGACAUAAAAGUAUGGCGACGAUUGCAAAGUUGUUGGGAGUGAAACAUCAUGUUAAGUAUCCUAAGAAGCGUUAUGACAUUAUGUGGACUAUUCCACACCCCUAUAAUCGGGUAACAGAGGUCCAGAGUGAGCAUUGUCCUGGGCUGGACAUGGAAACUGAGAGGUUGAUCGUUCAACAUUGA